CCAUGGUUUGUUCCAGAGUACAUUAAUGGAGAAGGAAUGGGGGGGGCUCCACACUACCAUUCGCUCCACACUAUCCGAUGAUGCUUUCUGCAUGAAAAUCAUCGGCUUUGUACCUUCGAGUUUUUCUAUGGUGGUGGAGAAGAGCUGGAGAGAUUGAGAGGUUCCUCUUCUUCUUCUUCUUCUUCUUCUUUUUCUUCAGAGCUAAUCCACUGGAUUUAUACAGUUUUCAGAACUUUUGAGAACCUAUUUUCAGGACUGGAGGUUGAUGUAUAACUGUUUCUGCUAGAAUGGGAACUUCAAGCUCGAAGAUCGAAGAUGAUAAGGCUCUUGCAUUAUGUAGAGAAAGAAAACGUCUUGUAAGGCAGGCUCUUGAUGGAAGAUGUUUGCUUGCAGAUGCGCAUGUUUCUUAUAUUCAGUCUCUCAGAAACACUGGAACUGCACUUAGAAAAUUUGUAGACCCUGAAAGUCCUACAGAAUCCUAUUUGAACACAUCAGCAUCUGUGAGACUUGAACCUCUUGCUUCAGCUGAAAUUUCGGCUUUGUUAUUCUCAAAAUCAUCCUCAUCUUUCUCAAGACAUAUGGAGAUGGUGGAGUCAAUUUCUCCAGUUCCUUCACGAAUCAAUUCAGUGCAGUUUCGUGAGGAUCAUAUGAAAGCUGGCAGAAGUUUCUCUAUGACGGUCGAGGAGAAACCUCCAAUCCCCGUAACAGCAACUCUCCAAACUGAGGACAAUUCUCAGAAGGACACAGUAUCACAAUCAGAGGAGAAUUUAGCUACUGAAACUACGCAAAUCCUUGAAAGUCCACCAUGGGAUUAUUUUAAAACUCCCCAUUCGGUUGAGAACCAGUACUCCUUUCAAGAUGGACAUUGUUUGUACCAUGAGCUUGACAAUGGUGGUUAUGUCAAGCGGCUCAGAGAAGAGGAAGGCAGUCUUGGAUUGGAAGAGGAGGGUGAAAAUGCCUCCACAAAUGCAAGGGAGGACAUUGCAGAUUCAGAAGAGGAUUUUGACGAACCAUCUACUGCACCAUUAGUUCGAAUAUUCAGAAACAGGAAUGAAGUUUUAGAUUCCAAUUCAGUCGAGGAAUCUCCGAUGGGUGUAUCCAUGGAAACUGUUGUUUUGGAAACUGAAACUGAACAGCGAAAUGAGCAGCAGACCAGUACUAAUAAUGGCUUCCAUGAUGAAAACUCUUCAAUUUCAACACCAAAAGCAACACCUUCUGUUGCUGUACAUCCUGUGAAUGGAAAUGGUAAAGAACAGUCUUCUGCAAAUAUUAUUGCAGCAGAGGUCUUCCUGUCAUGCAUGAGGGAAAUUGAAAUUUUGUUUCUAAGGGCUUCUGAAUCUGGGAAGGAAGUCCCAAGGAUGCUCGAGGCAAACAAAGUGAACUUCCGCCCUUUGUUCACUGAUGAUAAAGCUCACAAGUCAGGGGCAUCAAAUUUUCUGACAUCUUGUCUCAGCUGUUGUUGGGAAGAUGUUCAUCUUCCUGAGGAAACUGCUCCAAGUGAAGUGAAUGCCUUAACUUUCCAUAGAUCAGCUUCAUCACUGUCAUCAUCAUCAAGAAACUUUACCGGGGUGACUUCAAAAGGUGAUGUCGAGGACUUUGGUAAUAAUAUCUUCAGCAGCGUAUGCAUGACUUCAGGCAGUCAUGCCUCAACACUAGAUAGGCUUUAUGCAUGGGAGAGAAAACUUUGCGAUGAAGUCAAGGCGAGUGGCAUCAUUCGUAAGAAAUACGAGAUGAAAUGUAAGUUGCUCAGAAGUCAGGAGUCCAAAGCAGAAAGCCCUUAUAAGAUUGACAAAACCCGCGCAAUGGUGAAGGACUUGCAUUCAAGAAUUAUAGUUGCACUCCACAGAAUUGAUACAAUAUCAAAGAAAAUUGAGGAAUUGAGAGAUAAAGAGCUCCAACCACAACUCGAGGAAUUAAUCGGCGGAUUAACAAGAAUGUGGGAAACAAUGCUCAACUGUCAUAAACAUCAGCACAACAUUAUAAUGUCAGUGUGCAACAAUGGCAGCUCUAGUAUCUCGGUAAAACCAGAAUCUCAUCGGCAAGCUAUUCUCCUUCUUGAGUUUGAGCUGAAUUCUCUCGGCUUGAGCUUCACCCAAUGGAUCUCGGCUCACAAAUCCUACUUAGAAUCGAUAAACGAGUGGCUCCUCAAAUGUGUGUACCCUUUACAGCAAAAGUCUUCAAAGAAAGGAAAAUAUCUAAAGUUUUCACCGCGAAAUGAUGGGGCUCCACCAAUCUUUGUGACAUGCGGGGACUGGUUAGCAUUCCUUAAAGAUAAGAAUUUUCCAGUGGGCGAUGUGGAUACUGCUAUACAAAAUUUGCUUACAAUUACAGCCAAAUUCUUGCCGAAUCAAGAGAAAGGUCAUGGUAAUAAAAGCAAACCUGUAGAAGACAUUCAAAUGAAUGAGACAACAGAUAAAGUUAUCUGGAAUAUCGACAAUUUUCAAUCUAGUCUUGUGGUACUUCUAGAUCAGCUGAAGAUAUUCAGCGAAACCUCACUCGAGAAGUAUGUAGUCCUCCAGAAGUCCAUUGAUUCUGCUCGCCGUGCUUAUGAAAAUUAAUUGGAUGUGAGUUUGAUCAGUUUUUUCGUAUUGUUGUCUUGAAGAUGAAAAAGCAGUGAUUACAUUGGGUAUAUGUGAAUUCGACAUGAAAAUUACAUAGUAAUUCAGAUGAAUUUUUUCACCUUGUAAAUUAAUUAGGUGAAUAAAGUGGGAUUAUGAUGAUGACUGUAUGUAAUUCCUGGAAUAAACACUUGCAUAGCUUUGAUAUUACUUUGAAAUGAUCAAAUGGUUGUGUUUGUUGGCUCAUA